GUUGUUGAUGCAUCACAUCAGAGAUUGUCUUCCUGAGCUGAAGACCAGGAUCAACGUGCUUGCGGCCCAGUACCAGUCCUUACUGAACAGCUACGGGGAACCUGUUGAGGAAAAGAGCUCCACCUUGCUGCAGCUCAUCACCAAGUUUGCUGCAGAGUAUUGUAACACUAUAGAAGGCACAGCCAAAUAUAUUGAGACAGCAGAGCUAUGUGGUGGAGCAAGAAUCUGUUAUAUUUUCCACGAGACGUUCGGCCGUACUUUAGAGUCUGUGGAUCCUCUGGGUGGCCUGACGACCAUCGACGUGCUGACGGCAAUCAGAAAUGCAACGGGCCCAAGGCCUGCCUUGUUCGUGCCGGAGGUUUCAUUUGAGCUGCUGGUAAAGCGACAAAUCAAACGGCUGGAGGAACCCAGUCUGCGCUGUGUCGAGUUGGUUCAUGAAGAGAUGCAGAGAAUCAUCCAACACUGCAGUAAUUACAGCACUCAGGAGUUAUUGAGGUUUCCAAAACUUCAUGAUGCCAUAGUGGAGGUGGUCACCUCCCUCCUCAGAAGGAGACUUCCAGUCACAAAUGAUAUGGUUCAUAACCUGGUUGCCAUUGAGCUGGCCUACAUCAACACCAAACACCCUGACUUUGCAGAUGCCAUUGGCCUCAUGAACAAUAAUAUAGAUGAGCAGAGACGCAGCAGAAUGAGAGACUUGCCCCCCUCCGUACCCAGAGAUAAGGCAGCAGCGAGUAGCGUCCCUGUUACAGAGCAAGGAGACGGUGGGACAGGCAGCUGGAGGGGCAUGUUAAAGAAAGGAGAGGACUUUCUACCAGGUGACAGGACAACACUCCAACCUCUGCCCUCAGCAAGCCCCAUGAGGGGUCAUGCUGUCAACCUGCUGGAUGUUCCGGUACCAGUAUCCAGAAAGCUAUCUGCUCGUGAACAAAGAGACUGUGAGGUCAUCGAGAGACUCAUCAAGUCAUACUUCCUGAUUGUUCGGAAGAAUAUCCAAGACAGUGUACCAAAGGCAGUGAUGCACUUCCUGGUGAACCACGUGAAGGACUGCCUGCAGAGCGAGCUGGUGGGUCAGUUAUAUAAGACGGCCCUGCUGAACGACCUGCUGACAGAGUCUGAGGACAUGGCUCAGAGACGUAACGAGGCCGCCGACAUGUUAAAGGCUUUGCAGAAAGCCAGCCAGGUGAUUGCAGAGAUUAGAGAGACCCACAUGUGGUGAGCAGCAACCGUCUUCAGCCUCCUAGCUACAAAGCAUCCGUCUCCUGAUGCUGCAUCUCAGCUAUCUGGCCACUUGGAAAUGCACUGACAUGGAAAAAUGUAUUACCAGUAUAAAAUUAUGAUGUACAGAACAGCGAGGACUGUCUAUUAAUAGGGGAUGGUAUUAUUGCAGUCCCAAAUGAUAUUUUCUUAAAGGUAAUUAAAAGCAGAAAUAUGUAUAAUGUUAUGUCACCACUGUGUGGAGCCUUGCUUAAAAACAUCUGCUAUUAUUUUAGAUUGAAAUAAAAGCUAUAAAUCAU